GGCAACCAGCGCACCACCACACGGCAUCGAGGGGACGUUACUCUGUGUUCCACAGAGCUUCUCUACCUCGCAUCCCCAGACCCCAGUUCCCCCCACCCCCACCCUUCCUCCUCGAUUCCCUCGCCACCGCUGCCGCCGCUGCAUCCUCCUCGUCGGCCUUCAGCGAUCGCCGCCGACUGCCGCUACUCCCGCCCGACCUCCCGCGGUGACCCCUCCUGAUCUCCUGUCUCCUCCCAUCCGCCGUCGCCUAGGGUUUUGUGGGCGCUUGCUGGUUUGGUUUCAAGGGCUAGGGUUUGGGCCGGCGGAGGCGGGAUGGUGCCGAACGGGCUGCUGCCUAAUGUGGUGGCCGGGGUGACGCGGCGGCUGGACGCCGAGCGAUGGGCCGUCGCGGAGGAGCAGACGGCGGAGUUGAUCGCACGCAUCCAGCCUACCCCGGCGUCUGAGGAGCGCCGCCGGGCCGUCGCCUACUACGUGCAGCGGCUCAUCAUGGGGUGCCUCUCCUGUCAGGUUUUUACUUUUGGAUCAGUCCCGCUCAAGACUUACUUGCCGGAUGGUGAUAUUGACGUCACCGCUUUUAGUAACAGUGAAGAAUUGAAGGAUACUUGGGCUAUUACGGUUCGGGAUGCAUUAGAACAUGAGGAGAAAAGUGAGAAAGCUGAAUUUCAUGUCAGAGAAGUACAGUAUAUUCAGGCAGAGGUGAAGAUUAUUAAGUGUCUUGUGGAAAACAUUGUUGUUGACAUCUCAUUCAACCAAGUUGGUGGUUUGUGUACACUUUGUUUCCUUGAAGAGAUGGAUAGCUUGAUCAGUCAAAAUCAUCUGUUCAAGCGAAGUAUCAUACUGAUAAAGGCCUGGUGUUACUACGAAAGUCGUAUUCUUGGAGCUCAUCAUGGUCUUAUAUCAACAUAUGCCCUAGAGACGCUGGUUCUUUACAUUUUUCAUGUGUUCAACAGUUCUUUUGACGGACCACUUGAGGUGUUGUACCGGUUCUUAGAGUUCUUUAGUAACUUUGACUGGGAGAAAUUUUGUGUAAGCUUGUGGGGCCCAGUUCCUAUAAGCUCUCUUCCAGACAUGUCUGCGGAACCUCCACGAAAGGAUGGUGGCACAUUGUUGCUCAGCAAGUCCUUCCUAGACAUGUGUGGUUCUACAUAUGCAGUUAUGCCUAGUCCCCAUGAGAACCACGUUCAGCCAUUUGUUUCAAAGCACUUCAAUGUAGUUGAUCCUUUACGAACAAGCAAUAACCUUGGAAGAAGUGUUAGCAAAGGUAACUUCUUUAGAAUACGCAGCGCCUUUGCUUUUGGGGCAAAAAGGUUGGCAAGGUUACUUGAAUGUCCAAGAGAAGAUUUGGCUGUUGAAGUGAAACAAUUCUUCACAAAUACAUGGAGAAGACAUGGCAGUGGCAAUCGUCCUGAUGCACCUGCCCAGAGCCCAAUUCAUCAAACUUUGAAGAUUGUGCCUAUUGAAGUGCCAAACAGUCACAGGAGUAUAACAGCACACAAGAAAAAGUUGGAAAAUCCCACAACAUGCAUGGAUCAUGAUAGUCUUAAUGAAGGUAGCCAAAACUAUCAUGACCCUACCACUCAACUCCUAAAGAAAGCAAGUGUACAGUAUCAGAAUUCACCAAGAACAGUUCAUUCUGCUGCUUAUCCUACUCAGAGCCAGCAAAUUUAUGCAGUGCAAUCAAAUACCAAGGUGUCUGGACAGCUAGAGAAAAACAGCAUUCCUGUUGGAUCUUUGCUGGGUGAAAGAGAUAAAAGAAUAUCAAAGAGUCACUCUGGUAUGAAUGACAGGAAUGGACAAAGCAGGCUUCAAUUUGCUAGAACAAAUUCUAGUCCUGAAUUGACAGACUCUUCAGUUCAAGGUUUUCCUUCUAGCAGGCGCACUAGAGUAGCUGAAGUAGAAAAAACUUCAAAGGCUGAGUACAGUAGCAGAAGAAAUAGUAUUAUUACAGAGGUGUCUGGCAACUACAGCAAAAAGUCUUAUCAAGAAAAGCAAGCGUCUUCCAUGAAUGCUUCAUUUAAUUCCAAAAUAUCAGAAUCAGAUCCAAGUAGUGUUUCGAGCAGCAAUCGUGAAGAUAUAUGUGUUGCAACAAAUGAAGAGCUUGCUGUGGUCCCCGAAGCAUCGGAUCUGUUGCACAAGAGAAGUCCGGAGGAACAUGAUCCGGCGGAUCUGGUGGAUGGCUUCAAUGGACAAGUUCCUUUGUCAGUGCAAAUACCAUCUCAUCUUUCUGUAGCACCUCCCCCCUUGAUGGUCUCAUCAGGUUAUCCUCAAAGAAAUCUGGCAGGAAUUUUGCCACCAAACUUUUCAUUUAUCGGAACUCCAUGGUUACACAACAUGCAGUUUGUUCAUGGAUUUGUUCCACCAACUAUGAGCCAUUAUGUUGGUAGUCCUACUUUUGCAUCAAACUCUGAAGAUGGCAAUGAGAGUGAGAGGUCCGCUACAACUGGAGCAAAUUGUGAUGAUGGAGGUAAUUGGCGUGAGAAUGGUACUGGAUUAUCUGGAAUGUCCUCUUCUCUUCAUGAUAUACCUGGUGCCCUUUUGCAAGGACAGGAAAAAUCCAGUAUUGAGGGUAGCUGUGAAACAUUAAGUGGAAAUUUUGCUGUCAUGUUUCAUCAUCAAGUAAAUGGAGGGAUAAAGUUUGGUGCCAGUAACAUGAGAUUAGUUUCUUCACAAGGAAGCUCUGGACAGACCAUUCCAGAUAGCUCAUGUGAUGAACCCGCUGGGAUGUUCCUAACAUCAUCACAAGAUAAAUGGGGUAAAACACCUGCCGCUGUAGCACCUUCCUCUUCGCACAGCAAAACGAACACCAGUUGGCAGUUUGAAAAUACGACAGAGUAUUUUCCUUCAGGACUUGAUGGAACUAGAAAUAGCAAUGCAAUACCAGAUGUGAACAUUGUUUUUUCUGGUGGAAUACCAGGGCCUAGCCCUUCAGAACAAUCAACUUCUAGUCAAGCCUCAGAUGAUCAUGAUCCAUUACACGUCAACAUGCACAAUUCUGUGUUCAGACCUUUUCUUAUUGGUCCUCAGCAGAGACAAGUUGAUAAUUCUGGUUUGACAUUUGUUCCAACAGGUCCACCAGUUCCUUUUGUUGUCUAUCCAUUUUUCCCUGGGAGUACUGAUAGUUCUGUGUCCCAGAUUGAUAGAAAUGAAGGAAGGGAUCAGUUUCCUCUCCACGUGGCAUUCCAAAGCUUUGGUUCACAUGAUGAUGCUGACCAACCUGAUGCAAAUAUUCUAACUCCACCAGGCAGUGUUAUAGCAGAUCAUGAUCACAAGUCUGACAUUUUGAACAGUGAUUUUUGGAGCCAUUGGCAAAAUUUACAGUAUGGGAGAUUCUGCCAAAAUGCACGCCCCCCUGCUUCUGUAUUAUACCCUGUUGCUAUGCCACCUAUGUACAUGCCGGGCCAUUUUCCAUUGGAUGGCCCUGGAAGACAACCUGCACAUAAUUUUAAUUGGGCACAAGUAAGGAGCCCUGGUCAUGGGGUUACUCCUGUGAUUCCUCUACAACCUGCUUCUGAAAGAGCUUCUGGUGUUUUCCAGCGCUAUGGAGAAGAUGCUCCAAGAUAUCGUGGCGGCACUGGGACCUACUUGCCAACUCCUAUGGUUCCAUUCAGGGAACGACAGUCAGGCUCAAGAAACUACAGAGGGAGUUAUAAUAGUGACAAAAUUGAUCAUAAUGAUAAAGAAGGAAGCUGGGCAAACUCAAAACAAAGAAAUGUAGGGCGUAGCUUUGGGCGUAGUCAAUCGAAGAGAUCUGGCAUUAGGUCUGACAGACAGACGGCUGAUGAAAUUCAGGCUGAUAGGCAUUGGCAACCCUACAGAAAUGAUUCAUACAGGCAAGAAGAUGGUGGUCUACCAAGUGUACAGAACCAUUCAUUUGGAUCUACAAACUCUACUCGCAAUCCAGUAAACAUGGCAUAUGGGGUUCCAUCACAACCAUCUACUGUUUCCAGUGGAACCAGUGCUUUAUCUGGAUCUUCAAUGCAACCAGUUGUCCUAUACUCCUCUGAUCAAUCUGCAAAUUACGGUGCUACUGGUAAACCAAUCGAAUUUGGUUCAUUUGGGGCUAUCCCUGUGGAUUCUAGUGACAUACAACGACCGCCACAUGAAGUACAUGCAAAUGGAUUUUCUGAGCAGAGGCAUGUCCCAUACAAUGGUGGCUCCUCCCGUUCAUCCCCUGAUCAACCAUUGCCGCCUCGCCUACGAAGGAGUUGAUGCCAUCAUCAGUCAUGGCCUGUUUCCUUGAACUGGCACAGCAUUGCUGAACUCAGCCGAGCUCCAAUGACUGGCUGUUAUCCAGGAGUACAGAUGAACAUGUGCCUGAACCCCCCUAGCUGGUCGGUGGGAAAGUAAUCUUUGGAUGUGUCAAGAUGCUUCACCAUUGUUUACUUUUGUCCACAGAUUCAGGACUAAGCUGAUUCAUCAGUCAUCAGAUCCAUGUGCUUCCUGCAGCCAAGCUAGCAUAAGCAAAGAUUGCCAUCUUCAUCAAUAAUUGGUGUGAAGAUUAUGAGCAUGGAUCAGGUACGUGGCCCUUGCCAUCCAUAUAUGGUAUUAGGAUACGUCCAGGGGCUUCUCCGUCAGAAAAUGGAAAACAACGACUGGAAGAUACCGCGUUCUUCACCAGACAUUAGUGCUUUGGUGGUGUAAACGGAGCUACUUCUGGAUUCCUGUUGAUAGGUAGCAAAAGAACUGUGCCAUUACUUUACAUACAUAAAAGUGUUACUCUCCAUGCGAUAGGAGCAACCUUAAUGGCAAAUCUUUGACAACUGGUCUCUGCCCAAUGAAUAAAAGUCAGUGACUUGUUUA